GAGUUCAAGAGUUCGGCGGUUCGGCCAUUUGGCUGGUCGUGUGGUGUGGCUUUGGCUACUUUGGCUUUGGCCAACUGGCCAACGAACAGGCAGAAUGCCACUGCAGGCGAGAUUAUUUAAUUGAUAGCAACGUUGAUAGUUUCUGUCAUGAAAGUUUCCAAUGUUGGAUUUAGUUGUUCGUCGUUUGUUUCGUAAUGGAUUUAUCACGUUGUUGUUACCUGUGGAUAGCGAAUAUAAGGACCACUGCUUAGAACCUGUUACUCAAAGUACCAUACGCCAUGGGUCACCUCUUAUUAAUCGCAUUUGUUACAGCUGUUGCCCUUCAUGAGUGUUCCUCACUUCGGACCUUCCUAGCAUCAAAAGGAAAAGAUCCGAGUUCCUGCCAGAAACAAAGACAUAUCGGCCCAAGAGGAAAGAUUGCCAGUCCUGGUUACCCUGUUUCCUAUGCGACCCAGACAUCUUGCAGCUGGUACAUUAUUGGACGUGUUGGCCAAGUUGUUACAAUUAGCUUUGACGACUUAGACAUUGGAGAUUUCGACGGUUGUAAUGAAGGUCCACUGUGUUGCCUUCGUGCUUGGGUGAAGCUGGGGCCCACAGAGGAUGGAAAAGAACGCAUUUAUUGUGGUCGUACAGUUCCGGAACCUUUCUUGUCUUCAACGAGUGAAGUGUGGAUAAAAUUUCAUAGCUCUUCAGUGGGGACACCACAUGGACGAGGCUUUCAGCUUUCAUACACAGUUGGUGAUUUUAGCCAGCCAACCUGUAAACAAGAUGAAUUCCAGUGUGUCAAUGGCAAGUGCAUUCUUCAGAAAUGGGCGUGCAAUGGGCGCUCCGAAUGUGAGGAUGGAACAGACGAGGUUUUUUGCACUUGUCCUGAGGGCAUGCUGCGUUGUGCAACAAGUUCGCAGUGCUAUAAACGCAGUGGGAGAUGUAACGGCCACACAGACUGUCCAGAUUAUAGUGAUGAACUUGACUGCCGUUUCUGUGGAGGGAACCGAACUCUCUGCAGUCCAACGUCUACCACUUGUUAUGACCCUGUUUCAGAACGAUGUGACAACAUCUUCCACUGUGAAAAUGGUGAAGAUGAACAGGGCUGUGUAACGGGUUGCGAGCAUAAAAUUCGUUGCAUCUCGGGAAUAGGCUGUUACAGCUCUGAAGAGCGCUGCAAUGGUGUUCUGCACUGUGCUGAUCAUUCUGAUGAGCUUGGUUGUGGACGUGACAAGUGCCGUUCGGAGCGUGGUGGCUAUCUUUGUGGUGACGGCCGAUGCAUAUCUGAGGAUGCCGUAUGUGACCGAAUUUCUGACUGUUCAGAUGGGAGUGACGAAUAUGCUUGUCUCAAGAAUAGCAUGAUCACAGCAGCUGUCAUGGGAUCUCUCAUCUGCGGCCUUUUAGUUGUGGUGGCUGUCAGUUGCUCAUGUCGCCUGUACGCACUGAGGCUGGCUGUACGCAGACAAGAGGCAGCAGCAGCAGCAGCUGAGGCUCGCUUGGAUAUCCCACCCCGUUUUGUGGAUGAUGGCGGAGACUUCUGGUUCAGGGAGCCUCCUCCACCAUAUGCGGUUGCUGUAGGGGAACCUAGGUAUCGGACCUAUCCUGAGAGUGUCAUGUACAGUGGGACAACAUCUAACAUCCCAAGGAGGUCACGUCGAAUCCGAAGGCAUCGUAGGAGGCCCUUAUCUCCUCCAAGUCCAUCGUCAUCUCCACAGAGAACGCAGCUGGAGUCCGAAGAGACCCCUUAUGCCUCUCUUCCCAGCAUGGGCAUUGUGCUUGCUGUUCCUCGUGAGGUAGUGGUGCACUCUUCCCAUAAUAGGCCGAAAGAUUGCCCUUCUACAACGGCACUGAGGGAAGAUGGUGUGGAUGAAGUGCAGCCUGUAGCCAUGAAUGCUGGCAUGACUGUGACAACAGGCACCGCUGUGUCGUGUGAUGAUACACUGCCACUCAUUGAAGAAGACGACACAGUCAACUGACGCAUACAUCCAGUGCUAGGAGGCUGCCUAUUCGUCCCAGUUCUCACUUUGGUGAAAAAUGACAAGGACCAUCAAGUAGCCGAGGAGAAAAGGAAAGGUAACAAAUGAGUAGGAAAACAUAGUAGCAACUAAUGUCAUAGAAGCAACAUCACCAGUGUGGCAUGUGACGUGCCACAUGGCUAAUAUUAACAAUGAGCUUUGAUAAUAUGUCUUAGAUACAUAUCUUAGAAUUGGUCAAUUUGUUGUAUAUUUGAACUUCUGAACUUGUUGCUGAAAAAUGUGCUGCCAUAUUUACUCAUUUGUAAUGUACAGUCCCAUUUCAGGGACCAUUGUGGGGGGAAAGUGUGGAAUCACAUACAGCUAAUCUAUUCAGCUUUUGGCACAUGCUAAUCAUACACCCACCUCAGUACAGCUGGACAAUAUGCCAUUGUAUUGAGACUGUGUUAUGUGAGUUAAUGGGUUCUAUCAACGCCCUAUCGCUAUCUGCGCCCCCUCCAAAGGUGUUACAGUAAUUCUACACAUAGUGCCGUGUUUGUGUAACUUUGGCUAUGAGUGGCUGUGGCUUGUCUCAGCGGGUGUGGCAAACAUACUGUGGUUGUGAAUGGAGGGAAGGGGUUUCGGAGGAUUUUGCCUACAUCACAUGUACUGGUGAUAAGGUAUUGCUUAGUCUAUGGAGUAGCAACCUAUAAUGGCUAGGUGUCUGCAAUGCAUCAUAUAAACCCUGUUAUAGCCCUGUCGCACAGGCUAAUUUAGUGUCAUUUGUGAAGUGCACUCCGACCAAGCGAAGGUCACUUUCACUACGAGCUUGCUACACGGCUUAAGUAAGUGUCACUUAUGCAGUGAUUGCAAUUACGAUAGAUAAGAAUAAACGGUGGGAAAAUUUUUAGGCGUGCGCCGCAAUACCUUCCUCAGAAUGCUUUUCUUUAAUUUAGAAACACCUCCUGCAAAUCUUCUUCCAACAUUAAACAAAUUGGCCUCAAACAUGUGCCACAACAAAAAUGGCCGCUGGCAGAUCGGCGAGACUGCAAUGUUCUCACGGGCUGUUAACGAGAGUAAUGAUAUGUUUCUUCAGCACAUAAUCACACUGUAUUAAAAUAAAACAAACACGCUGUUGGAAAUACUUGUUUAAAAAUAUUGUGGUGUCGGGGCUCCUCACUUUUUCUCAAUAUUUUUACCUGUACCAGAAAGCCUGCCGUCGAGGCUAUGCACUCGGUCGUGAAGUGAGUUUGGGGAACUCACUAAAUCGUUAGUGCACUUUCUGCCGAGCGUCACUAAAAGAUGUCGUGUGACAGCACACGAAUGACACUAAGUGCAAGUACCACUCGUAGAAAGUGACAUUAAAUGAGUCCGUCUGACAGGGGUAUUACAUUCAGAUUACUUUGCAAAUUUGUGGAAAAACUUAUGGGACAAAAUGUAUGAAUCCUCAAUGUUUGGUUUGGUUCAAAGCGAUUGCCCACUGCCAAACACGUUUUCCAUUCAGCAUUAGCGCAUUUGCUGUUAUAACUUUUGCUCCAAAUUUUUUAUUUCUAUGAAAUUAACAGGGGCUGUAUAUACCAUCAGGUUUCUUUUUUAUGCAGAUGCAGCACUGAUCCUGGCUACAUCUUCUUGAUAUAGCAGAUUGGAGAAACUUGCUCUGCACACGCAAUCAAUAAAUUCAUCCUCUUCUUUGUAAACGGUGCCACAGUUUUAGAUUCAUUGAGCAAGUAAUGAGUAACAUAUGACUGCUAGCACCAAUUCCUUUUUGAAGCAGCGACUGCCAGAACAACUACCCCGCCGCCCAGUCUUGAGCUCAGACAUAACUAGCAUUAUCGUUAUUUUUCAGGUUGGCGCACUCCAAAUAUCAAACGUCACUCAGCGUGCAAUAAUACUGGUUUUCUAGCACCCCUAACCUACCAGGGAAGCACCUAGCUUAAUAUGGAUACACUGAAAGACCUCUAUACAAGAUCAGAAAAAAAAAAGUAAAUGUGUCAGUGGGUGCCAUUCCACCAACAGAAGGUGCAUAAACAUGGCAGUAUAUGUAGAAACACCUGUAACAUUCCUUCAUGUAGCGCUGUGAUGCAGAGUGACACCAUGUUAUAUUUGUUGUGACCAUGAUGACGAUAAUGUUUGUUAUUGUUUCGAGCCUUGUGUUCGAAUAACAGUGCAACAUCACGUAUGCCAUUGUAUCUAACUAAAUUUAACCGUACUACUUCCAUAAUGCAAAACCUGGUGUAACUUCAUCUCCGGUGCCCCUCAGGAGUUGUAAAUCCUGUGUGCUCUGUACUUACUGGUCUGGCUGUACUGUGAAAGUGCAGUUAGUGGCUUGAGGUGGGCUGGGAGGACGACAGGAGCUGCCCUCUGGUUCUUUCUGUGGGAUUUGUCACAACAGCUGUGUGUGGCUGGUCCCAGAUGCUAGUACUGCCACUCUCAAAACCUGACAGUGCAAAAAUGCAUAUGUUUCAUGUGUUCAUGGCAAAUGUGAAUGAUCAGCAUGAACGUUGUACUGUCUGUUAUGUCUUUCAAAGUUAUUUACAUGGCAACAUUGUGCAUGCAGGCACUCCUUCCAUUUGCUAAAGUGCUUCCUCUUGCCUGAUAGGUGAUCAGCCUGAUUGGUGAGAGACUGAGAAUAAGGGUGUAAUUUGCGCUAUGGUAAACACAACGUAGAGACUUCCACAGAUGCUUCUUUACGUACUGAUGCUGUUGAUGUUCUCACAGAUCACUCCAGCACAGGUGGUAUUUCAGUCCCCACACACAGCAUUUAUCCCUGUAAGCACCACAUGCUUAAUAUGAUUGCAUGUUGAUGUAUCAGAUGUAAGUGGCAAAGGGGCAUAAGUAACACCCAGAGACAAGACAGCUACAAGCUUGUACCUGGCUUUUCUUACUGUUUUUGUUGUCGAGGGCUACUAAGAAAGAAUGAACAAAUAAAAAUCAUUCAUUUGUUCAUUCAUUCAUUGUUAAUGUUCUUACUCCAGCUGCAUUUCAGAAGUUUAUUAUAAGUCCAUAAGUUAGCAGAAGACCCUUGGCGGUAAACUCAUCCGAAUAGGUAGACAGCAGUCAAUACAUAAUUAGAGGCUAUCUUAUAAGUAAUGUCAUGUCUUUAGGGGAUAUCUUGUAAGAGCUAUGAAGCCAUGAAUGGCUACAUUGUAUAUAGAAUCUCAGGAUCGCAUAUGGCACAUGUGCCCCCUUGUGUUCAUCUGCAUGCUGUAUUCAUUUGAGCUAAAUGUGACCUCCUCACUUCAGGAUAUACCAUUUAAGCAGCAAUUCGUCUUUUUUUUUUCUUCUUCUUUUUUGCCUUCGUGGAUUAGUGUAAUGACCAUAAAUUAUACACACAAAUGGAAUUGUGUAAACUGUGAAUUUAAACAUAAAACAUCACCUUUUAUGCCCUUGACUAUAUUCGCUUUUAGUCCAUGAAGAGAGCCAUGGGUUUUGCACAAGGGAUAUCAUAUUGGCAAAUGGAAAGAAAGGGACCAGUGAAAAAGGGAGUGGAAAGCACAUAGCUAGAUCUUUUUCACAUGUCACGUUACCCCUUGUUCAAGGAGUAAACAAAUAUAGCAAAUGUUUUAGCUUAGUUAAAGCUUAGUUAACGAAAGGGACAUUCAUGAUGCCAAAAUUUUGCAAAAAAUGUAAAAGGAAUGGAAGUAUUAAAUGCACAUUAAUAUGAAAUAGCUUUCCUUAUUUUAACUUUCUGAAGGAUUUGGCAAAACACCUUAUGCAUCUCCGAAUAGCAUUUACCAUCACUACUUUGGACGUAUUCCUGUGUUACAUCCUGAGCCUUAAUCUGGAAGACAAAUUUGCAGUUAAAUCUCUCUACAUCAUAGUAGUGCACCUCACAUAUUGCACAAACUCAAUACUUUAAAAUUCAGGCUACAGUUGAGCAUCAGUAUAGAAUGUAAUUGCACGUCGUACUGCAACCAGAUUUCUACAAGAUAAUGAGGCUGAUUCCACAGUAAAUCCUAUCUCAAGGUCAGGCAGCUAGCAGGAUAGUUUCGGUAGGAAUUAUUUUUAAGAACCAGGCAUAAUGUCUUGAGAUAAAAUACGUAUCAGAAUUUUUAGCAUUCAAAUCAUCAUACAGGGUGAAGUAUUGAAGUAAGAGCUGAACUGUUUGGUACACUUUUCACAGUAGUGCAGCAGAAAACUAUAAUGACAGAAGGCACGCACAGGACGAGCCACAAUUAUACAGGUUAUUUUUUUAUCGGCAACAGUUUUUUUUAAGAGCUGUAAGAGCAGCAUAGAAGCUGUUUUUGCAGUUGAGUUAUACAGAUAGGCAGACAUCGUCUCGAAAGAGUAUGUAACUGCUAUAUGAGUAAUUACCUAAAAUCAUUAACUUUUUAAUUAGGUGCUCUCAGGUAAUAGUGAGGUAGUAGAAGGAUAGACAAUCCUCGUUCAGACAUUGUUUUUAAAAUCCUGAAAUGAGCAUGUGCUUUGAAAUAUCCAUCACCGAAUUUUGCUAUGUAAAUGAGCUGAAACCAAAACUGCUGUUUCUAAAAAACAUCUGCUGCAGAUAAAAGAAGUAACACCAUGUAUUUGAAGACAAGAUGUUUCCUGUCGCCUACUGCUGCUGCUAACAUGUGGAACUUUGAGGAUACACCAAAAGCCAGGGGACAUCAUGAGUAUUCACCAGGCUUGUACAAGAUAAUCACAAAAUGUAUUUAGGUUAAGUUACGGAGUACCAGGAAAAAAGUAACUGAGUAGGGUACUAAAUACCCAAUAUUGAAAAAUAUUUAACAUAGAGUAUUAAACACUCUUAAAACUAACUAGCUACUUUCAAGAUACUUUGACGUCACUGUUGUAAUUUGCUAUCAAAGAAAUAUGAAGAGCAUGAAGUUGAAAAUGGCAUUGCCAGAAAGCUUUAUUAUCUUGCAGGGACAACUGCUUUUCAAAAUUGCUAUCAGAUAGCCUGCUCCGUUAAAAAAAAAAAAAAAAGUUACCCCCAAUACUGAACAGGCACUCUACAGAUGUGAAUGAAUGCUCCAGAGCACGACAGAAUUUACUAUUGUUUUUCUCCUUAUCUUUGCUUUAAGUUCAUAAAGACUUAUUAAUAUUUUACGUGCACACUCUCUCUGUACGGCUAUUGCCACAAGUCUUGUAUCCUGCCUGUCCCUGAUAGGGCUUUCAAUGGUUAACCCACAAACCCUUCAGGAACACACAUUGCGCAUCAUCCAUGCUCCUAAACCCAAGGCACUGCACACUAACCCGAUAUCCCGAAUAUAACAAUAUCCCGAACAUCUCGGACGCUGAAGCAUAUGUCCAGCGUAAUGCGCAUUGCCAAGACAAAAGAGAAUCUCUCGCUCAACGUCCGUGCCACACACAAGAAGUACACUAGAAGUAUAUUCAAAGUAACUUGGAAAAUGAGGUACAAGUUAUUGAAAAAAGUAUUAAAGUUAAAUUAUGAAAUACUGACCUUUCAAAGUACCAAGUUGCUCGCAAAUGUAUUUAAGAUAUGCAACUUAAAUACUCUACUCAAGUUACUGUACAAGUCUGGUGUUCACAUAUAGACACUGGCUUAACGCAACAGAAGAAAACGAACUUCAAUGUGGAACUUUAUGUGAAACUAACUUGCAUUCAAGGGUGAUGUCACAUCAUUCUGUUCAGGGCAGAGAAUUUUCUAGAUAAGUGGUUGUAUGCACAGUUGAUUGAAAUGAAAUGGUCAGGUUUGCAUGCAUCAGUACUUUGCCACCAUCAAAUUAAACAACAUUUUGAAUUGAAGCAGAGUGUGCUUUCUGUACAUACCAUUCUGUGAGAAAUUACAGUAGUGCUAUUUUGUUGGAUCUAAUGUGCAGCCAUCAAAGUUGUUGGGAGGGAAUUUGAAGUUUUGAAAAAAAAAAUAUCUCAGAGGCCUUCUAUGCCUUUAUUGCUUUCAUGUUCUGCUGUAAUCUCCUAUGUUUGCUUCAGCUAAACUGCAGCAUAAGCUACAUCAGUCACAAUUGAUAUAAUUGCACCACUUCAGAGGCAGAAUCAAAGUAAAUUACAGUUAGGUUAUGUUUGAACAAAUGCAUUUUCUAGUGUGUUCUUUCCUCACUUUAGAUUCUGUCAGUAUAUUCUGUUACCCGAGUGCUGGGCAACCAUGUAUAAAACAACUAACAGUGUACAUAUUCAUCAGACCCAUUCACUUUGGCAGAAUCACCUACUAUCUGUCUAUCGAAUGUACAUGAAUACCUGGUUCAAGGAGCUGGUUUUGAUUGCAGCUGCCUCGGAAACCAAGGAUAAGAAAAGUAUCUGUUGUGCAAGGUGUCAUGUUAUGAAGGAAAUAGUAUCAACCGACAAGUGUCAUGCCAUUGCAUCCAUAAGUACUGUAACUGGAAUGCUAAAUUUUUCUUCCAUCAAUUACCAAAGAAGUCGCAUCAAUGACUCGUGUACAAACCACUCCUUAAAUAUCUGACUUUGGUGUUAACGAGGUUGAUGAAUGUCUUUGAUGUGGCUUUUUUAUACCAUGUGGCAUGUUUCAUAAAGGGCCUUGAACACAUAUGAAUACACAGUUUUAAGUCUGUUGUAAGAUAACUAAUAACAGUGUAAACCCAUAGUAGUUAGCUAAGAGUCUAGGACAAGGCUGAUACAAGCAUGAUACUAAAAGGUGUUAUCCUCGUGUCUUUGUAGUACCAGCACUGAGUUCUUAUUGCUUUUGCUGAUAUGUAGCAAUCAAUCCGGCUUCUAAUCAUGUUCCACGAUCAGUCAUUUUCAAGUCAUUCUAAGCUUUGUGAAAACUAUUCAAAACAAUUUGGUAUCUAUAUCGCUGAUGUGAUUAUGGCUAAGCUUCUCAGAGCAAAAUUGAAUUUUCAUAAAUUUUGGAGCGAAAGUAGAUGUAGCACUCUGUGUAGUGUCUGAUGAAAAAUAUAGGCAUUUCUUACCGUAACAAUUCCAGUGUAGCUAUGCAUGUAAAAUUCACUUGUUGUGAUUAGGCUUGUGGAAAUAGUUGAUGUCUCAUGCAAGGUAAACAACCUAUAUGUACUUGAAUUCUCCAUAUGCAUCCAAGCUCAAUGAGCAUAAAAGAUAUGAACCCAUUUAUAACGAUAAGGGAAUUGCAAAAGAUCACAGGGCCUUUUAUUCGAGACUUCUGAAAAUCAUACCCACAGUCGAGUAACCACAAGAAAUAACGUAUAAAUUGUUGCACGAAAUCAUUUCUGGCUAUGUUUUGCCAUUGGGAAGCAUUGAAUUACACUGCAUUUGAAUUUUGUCUUAGAAUUCAGAAAAUCUGAAUACCCACCAUAGGAGUGAUAUGAUGAGUGAAUCAGUUGCAUGUUGCCCGCGUAGGCUCCACAUUAGAUUCAUUGUCACUUUUUGGAAUCCUGUGGUUCAUAUAUAUGUGCUUCUUCAAUUCAUAUUGCACAGCUGACAUGUCACAGUGUGACAGUAGGUGCUUUGGAAUUCAGGAGGUCCACCACAACCUCUCUCAUGUUAUCAGUUCAACAUUGGAAUAAGUGUCAAAAUAUGGUUGGCUACCUGCAGGGUGAAAAAGUAAUUUGUCCACUUCUGAUGUUCUGCUGUUGUCCCAGGAAAAUUUUAAUUGCUAUGUGUAAUCAAGCACUGCUAGAACGGUCACUGUAGCUUUGUUUUCUUCAUAUGUGCCUCAUUAUUCAUAUGUGCAAAAUUGAGUGUAAAAUUUUAUUUCUAUAUCAAAUGUCACCUUAAAUAGCAUUGCUGCACAGUUCACAUUUUGGCAUGCCCUUCACACGAAAUUUAAGGUCAUGUUUCUUAUUGAAAGACGUGCCUUACUAGUAGAUCAUAAUGUGUUCUGAUUAGCCAAAAGGUGUAUUCAGCCACAUAAUGACACACAUCUUGUAUCCAGUUAGAGUGCAUUAGACCCUUCAGAUAGCUUGAGUUAAUGAAGCAUUAACAUCUGGGCAUGUUCGUACAUAACUAAACAUGAGGAAAAACUAGACACUGAGGCACUAAUGCUGCAGGCAAGGUGGUUUUCACCUAGGCUCUACACUACCCUCCACCAUAGUGUUUUCACUAAGUAGGUUGCAAGCACCUCAUUUUGCAACUGCAAAUGUCAAACUUGAGCAUUUACUCUAUGAAACCUGUGCCUUCUGCAAAGAAUAAUUUGGGGGAUCUCGGUCGUCUUUGCAUUCAAAGAAAGUUAUUGCAUAUCGCAAAAUGAAGGAUACAGGAGCAGCAACACUUGUGUGAGUCAGUCAUCUGCUUGACAGGUAUGGAACAGAUAAUUGGAACAGCUACUUGGAGAGUCUGGAUAUGUGCACGAGCUUUAAAAGUAAGAAGAGCCUUGCGUUAAAAAUGAUAAACGUGCGCAAGAGAACAAUAGGUUAGGGCACUUAAGUACACAGUGCUGACUGUGUUGUGUGUUGACUACCUUGUAAUGUAAGUGAGUAUGCAUUGGUAAAGUAUGUCAGGAUAGGCAGGACCAAUUGCAUUUGAAAUUUAAAAAAGUACUUAGUUGUAAUAAACAGACUAUAGUGAUAGUGACAAGUCCAAUUCUUUGCAUUGUAUAAAUAUGUACAGGGAUGCAAAUACAUAUGAAAUGCUAGUUCAGAGUGUUGCAUAUCAGAGAAAUAUGUAUCUGUGGUUUUCUUUGUUGGUACCCUAGUUCACAGAUGUACAGAGUAAGGUACCCAAUUGUUGUUAAAAAUGUUGACAGGGCCUUUCUGCCAGCAUCUUUUAUUGCCGAUGAAUUUUCCACACAGCCACGCACUUAUGCUUCUUAGGUCAGAUAAGAUUUUGUCAUCUGUGGAAACUUGACGUAAUCAUUAUGUACUAGGUGUCCAGAGAUGAACUUCUUUCUGCAAUGUUUAUGUACAUUUCAGGAGUCAGACGGACAUAUGGUAUUGCUUUAUGCUUCAAUUUGAGUGGUAAAAGUCAGAUAAGGCCUCGCUGUCUCAUAAAGCAAAGUAGAAUGCGUCCAAUUUCUGAGGUAUAGCAAUUUCUGUGGGGACUAUCGCUUGAAAGCUGCCAGCCAUGGUGUUGCCCCAAUACAUUUUUGCAGGAUCCCCCUAGAAGUGCAACUGACUCCCUGCAAGCCAUAACAAAAUGGAAAAUAAUGACAGUUCGAUUGUCCCUUUAGCAUGUGCAUGGAAAUAUGCAUAUCUGCAAUGCUCCGACUGGCAGUUUGCGAGCAAAGUAUUGCCCAUAGAAAUAGCUGUAGUUUAGAAAUUUACUCGUUUUACCCCACGUUAUGUGGUAGUAAGGCCACCCCAGAAUUUAGCCACUGAUAUUAAAACAAAAUAGUAUGUUUUUCUUUUUUGCGUAAAAUUGGAGGCAGAAUACAGACAAUUGUAAUGUCAGUGUCUGGACAUCCCGUACAUCAGGGUUAUUAAGUUCAGUUUUGAGUUGUUGUCCUAUUAACAUGUCACUCGCAAUGAAGUAUUUUCUCUGCUGUAGCUUUCAAUCUGUUGUGUGCAUGAAAUAAUUUUCUAAUCCGUAACUGGCAAUAAAAAAAUGUGUAAAAGAUCAA